CUCAAGUCAUGUGACCAAGCCGGUUUUUUCUCCAUUUUGCAUUGAUGUGGAUAUCAAAAGUGCAAAUAUAAACAUUUAAGGUUUUUCGAUUGGAUUUUUAUUUGCAUUUUUGAGAUGUUUCGGAAGAACAGUAAAAAAGGUGACCCACAAGUGGAAUAUCAGUGCACCAUCAGAUUCCUGGAUGAUUCAGAACCGAUUCAAUUAUUUUUCAAGAAGGAUACACUGGGACAUUCUCUGUUUGACCAAGUGUGUGCCAAGUUAAAUCUUGUUGAAAAGGAUUACUUUGGACUUAGAUAUGUGGAUGCUGAUAAACAGAGACAUUGGUUAGAUCCUUUGAAGGCAGUUUACAAACAGCUGAAAGAUCUUCUUAGACAAAGUACUGAAUCUUGGGGUGUAAAUCCAACAGUGCUAUGUUUUCGUGUGAAGUUCUACCCUGCAGAUCCCAUGAAACUUCAUGAGGAAAUCACAAGAUACCAUCUGUUCCUACAGCUCAGAAGAGAUCUUCACCAUGGUCGACUGUUGUGUUCACCGGCAGACGCAAAUCUGUUGGCAACAUAUAUUGUUCAGUCUGAAGUUGGAGAUUAUGAUCCCCAGGACCAUCCACAAGGAUAUGUUACAGAGUUUAAAAUGUUACCUAAACAGAACUCUAGACAAGAAGAACAGAUCAUGGAACUUCAUAAAACACUUAGUGGACAAGUUCCAGCAGAGGCUGAGUCUAAUUUCCUGAGGAAAGCUUCCACUCUGGAUACAUAUGGUGUAGAUCCACAUCAAGUCAAGGAUCAGAAGGGGACAUCACUCUAUCUUGGUGUCACACACCAAGGUAUCAUGACAUUCCAUGGCAGUAGACGUACACAGUUAUAUAAAUGGCCACAGAUAAAGAGAAUUAUUUUUGAAGGGAAGAUGUUUAUUUUACAUGUCAGUACUACUGAGGAUGAAGAUCAAGAUAAAUCAAAGAAGCUAACUAAUGCCUAUCUCUGUACAGGGCCAACAGAAAAACAGGCUCCAGUCGGAUACAAAUGUACCACAGCAGCUGCAUCUAAAUACCUGUGGAGAUGUGCCGUAGAACAACAACUCUUCUUUACGUUAGCUAAUUCUGAACAUCCUCCAAAAGUGAAAUCAGGUGGAAAUAUCUUCUCCAGAGGUUCAAAGUUUAGGUUCAGUGGUCGAUGUCAACAAGAAGCUUACACAGCCAGUGAAAAAAUUGAUAGAAGUGAACCAGAUUUAGUGAGGACAUCAUCAUUACCUAAUUAUGCAAGAAAAUUGGAUUCUCGGUCAGCUAUUGGAAAGUUUAAUACCAUUGGAUAUGGUAAUGCUAUCAAAGAAGAUAAAACUAAGAAAAGAUAUCAAGAAACUCCAAUUGAUGUAACUCAAAAAGAAACCAAGGAGAAGAGUAGCCCUGUCACUAACCUGGCUCCCAGUCCUAUUGUUGUUGCACCAAUGGCUGCCUCAGAAGAUAGCUCGUUGGAUGAAGUCAUUGAACACAACAAAGUUGUUCAGGUUGAGUCUGAACCCCCUAAGAAAAUGAAUGGCUCUGUUCCAACUCAUGUAUUAGAAACAACAUUUGAUUCAAUGCCUAAUUAUGAACCUGAACAAACAAUUCUAGAAGAUUCUAUUAAUAAUGUCACAGGAUAUGACGAGUCUUAUGAUACUGAAGAAGAUGUUACAAAGUCUAGUUUAGAAGACCAGAUCAAGGAUCUAGAGGAUUACAUCAUUAAGAAAGAUAGCGAGCCACAACAGCCUAACCAUGUCACACAGCAGGAACCAGUAAUAGAAGAAACAGUAGCACCAGUCAAGUCAGAGCGUAACCAGUCAGCACCACCAUCGCAGAAAGAGAAUGACAUCUCUCCUGUCACAGCUCAACCAGCCAAUCAGGCUGUAGAAGAAAAGCCAAAAAGCGGAGGCGUUGGUUGUUGUAAAAUCUUAUUUUUCACAUUAUUCUUUAUUUUUGUGACACUGGCAGUUACUUUGAUUGUUAUCUUGAACUCAAACAUAAAACACCCAAUGGUGAGCGAACUUCGUCAACAAUUUAAAUUUAUUGAUCCUGUCAGAGACUAUAUAACUCACAAAGUUAGAGCCAUUUUAAAAAAGUCCUAAAUCAUGCCGACCACAUGGUUGAUGGUUGCGGGAGAUUUUUUAUACAUUACUUUGUCCAGGAAGAAGGUGCCUAAACAUCAUUGCUUAAGAUUUUUUAUACAAAUAAGUAAACAUGCAAGAACAAAUAUUGUCAUUUUGCUUCAUUGAAGAAAAAUAGGAGAAAAGAUCUGUGUAUUUUUAUUCAUUUUGUCACAUGCAUAAAUAUGUACUCAAACAUCUUCAUGUUAAAAAAAUGAUAUUGCUUUAUUCAUAUGUUUUAGAAGGUUACUAUAGAUUAUAUAUGUAUUAAAAAAAAAAAAUUCAAAUAUUGUUAGAGUACUAUGCUAAUUUAAAUGGCUUGAUGAUUUUAUUUUAAAACGCUUCAACUUGAAUAUUUUAGGUAAUUUUAACCUAUAUAGAAAAUAAACACAAAAGAAGCAGAUGUGUUUUUGUACUAAAAAAGGGUUGUAUUUUUCUGAGAUUUUAAUAUCAAAAGGAAAUAAAGGCAUUUAUUGUUGUAUAAAUGUACUAAAUGCAUAUGUAUGGCUUGUAAAGGAGAGAAAUUUAACCAUUGAUUACCUCAAACAAAUGGCAAGGUAGACUUUCAAAUCAUAUGACAUUAUUUCAUAAACCAAAACCACACUAAUAAUGGCAUUUUAAAUGGUAACAAUUUGUCUAUUAAUUCACUAUUUUUAUUACUCACUUGAGAUAAAGCACAUACAAGUUGUGUCUAAAGAUUCGUUAUACAUUUAAUCUUUGGAUUUUUACUUUAUUCAAAUGUAUUUUAAUGUCUCUUGGGAAACAAAGGUUUAGAUAAUUGAAUCCAGAAAAAAAAGUCUCAAAUUUUUUUAAUCUUUCUAAAGACAAAUAGUUGAAAGCACACAUCUAUGAAAUAGAAUGUUAACCAUGUGCAAUGUGAAUAUACAUAUCAUUUUAUAGUAUAAACUUUUACUUGCUGUACAUCUAAUGAGCUUGGUAUUUUUUUAUAUGAAAUAGUGUAUUAUUAAUUAUUUUAUAUUUGUUGUUGCUUUACUUUUGUUAUGGUUGCAAUAAUGUAUUUAUAGAAUUAUGUCUAUAGAGUUGUUAUCUUAUGUAUACAUAUAUCUUCUUUACUGAGGCCAAAUAUUUGUAGCAGGAGAAAUGAUAAAAUUGUUCAUGUAAUUUUCUAUAUGUGUGUAUCUUUUACAUUUUCUUUAGACUUUCUAUGUUUGUGGACUUUCUCAAACAACAAUAUUUUAAAUAAGAUAGAUAGGCUAAGGGUAAAAUUAACAAAACAUUUCAUGGUGCUGAAUAAACUAUGAUUAUAAAGGAUAAGGGAAGAUAACUCAGUUAAUUUGUAAAAUUUUACUUUAUUAUUGUAAGCUUUAUGGCUACAUUAUGUAGUUUAAGUAAUUUUUGGUAAAUUCAAAAUUAUACCGCUAUGCUUUAUUGGAAUCAAUAUUGAUUAUUUAUCCAAAAAAAAGUAAAGAUGAUGUUAUUCCAAAAAAAUAUAUUUGGUAGAUGUCUUUGAAAUUAAUAUAAAGAACAGACAUGGCUGCAUGUAGAGCUCUUGUUAUGAGAGAUAAGAAAGUUUAAUAUCUGUUUAUGUUUUUUUUUAUUUAGUUGCAUGCAUUUUUAUUUUCCUUUUAAAUUAGAAUUUGUCAUAUGCAGAAACCUUUUAGUUUAAUAACUUAUCUAUAUAAAGUAUGUGGCAGAAAACUAGUAACUAAGGUUGGAAUUUUGAUAUUUAUUGAAUUUUUAUUUAGCUUGAAAUGAAAAGUAAAGGAUUGGUAUUGAUGAAAGAGUCUUUGUGAUUAAAGUUUUGAUCUGUUCGUUGGUUAUAUGGAUGAUUCAUUCAAAUCUAGAAAUAUGAAGAUCUGAAAGUUAUGUGAUUGAAGCCCCAGAUAAUUUCAAAUUUUGAUAUACACAUCACAUGUACCUAAAAGAUAAGUUUUCCCUGCUGGGUCCCACGUGUGGUCUGUAUGUCAGAUAGCAAGACCUUUUAGGUAAUGAAAGCAUGAUGCUGUUGACAGCCAUAGCUAAGAUUUGGUUAGGCUUAAGACUAAAAUAUUGGAUAUCACAACAAUUUGGAUCUGUAGUCAGUCUUUGCUAAGACUUUACCAGAAUCCUAAAAAUUGGGUAUCAACACAAUAUUGAUCAUAUGUUAGCAUUAUACUGCAAUCUACAUAUUGGGUACUAUAUCCAAAGUUGUCUAAUAGAGGUUGACCUCAGUCAGCUUUUAUAUGUACAUCCUAGUAACCUAUUAUGUGGUUGGUUGUGGUAAGAUGGCCUAAGUCAGUUGAUGUUUACUUGCUGAGUUAUCAGUUUUGAUAGAGUUAAGGAUUUUACAAGGUUGUCAGUUUUGAAAGAGUUUAGGAUUUAAGAAUUUUUGAUAGAAUUGAGGAUUUGGGGAAUUCAUUGACUUCUCUGCAUGUAUGUGAUAUCAUUAUUUAGUCAUUUGGUAAAAGUAAAUAUUUUCAAGCAUUGCAUUACUUUUAUUAUACAAGAAAGUUUCUGACUCGAGUUUCUGUACUAUUUGUAAACAAAAAGUUGAAAAGACCUCAUUGGAAGAGAAUUAUUCUGGACAUAAGACCUUUGCUUACACAGUAAUUUAUUUCUUAAUUUUCUGCCUGUACAUUAUAUAGAUAACUUACAUUUUCUGAGCACCUUGUGUGAUAGGUCUACUGUUUCUGUAACAAGUCAUUAUUGUUUUGCUUGAAAAAAAAACAAUGAUGAUUUGCGGUAGAAAAUUUGAAUAUUAUUUUCGUACAAUAUAUUUUAUCUUCAUUUUGUUACAGUGUGGAUCUAUCCUGCUUCAACUGUUUUAAAUUUUUCUUAUUGCUUCUCAUUUUCUUACACAUUGAGUUCAUAUUCAGUUUUUGAUUUUGAGAUUCACAAUUAGGAAUAAAUAAUUCCACAAUUCUAUUUGUUUGAUUCCAAAAAUAGCUUCUAACAAAAGGAUCUGAAUAAACAUUAAGGAGAAAUGAGGAUAAAAUGUAAACAAUAUAAUAGUAGAAUGUCAAUAUUCAAUACAGCAGUAGAUCUAACUUUGGCAGGCAUUUUACCAAAAUUCUUUAUUGACACGCAGAACAUAUGCAGGGGAUUUCUAGUUCGACAAAGAAACUGCUGUAAGAAAUAUGAAAUGGAAGUUACAAUUUCGUAUAAAAUUGAUUAAUGUACUGGUAAUAUAAAAUGCCUUCUGAAAGUAAAAUGUUCCUGUGUGAGAAAAAUCAAUGAAAAAAAAUUGUUAUGAAAAAAAAACUGAUUGAUUUAAAUCACUCAUUACCAUGUGAGAAAGCUUUGCCAAGGAAUGUUAAACUUUUCGUGGUCAUAUACCUGCGUUUGGGUGUGAAGAUGAACUUUACAAAUUGCUGCUUUGUAAUGAAUCCUUUUGUAGAUUUUAACAUUUUUAUAUCUUUUAGUUUUUUGCAUCACCUUGCAUGCUUCCUGGCCUAGUCCAAAUUUAGUAUAAAGCUAUUAUUUUCACAUAUGCAAAUUCACAACUAAAUUUUAGAAUUAAAAUGAUUAUUAAUUUCACAAAAUCAGCACCAUGACUAAAAGCAUGUACAUUGUACUUUCAACUUUUGUUUCCAUUUAAAAAUUUCACUGUUGAUGGGUAAAUGAGAUUCAUACAAACAAGAGCUGUCUUGUUUCAAUUACAAUACAACACCAAAUCAUUCUACAUUUUUUGUAUAUCAUUACAAGUGUUGCCAUAGUUUACUGCUGUUAUGGAAGUUUUUAUUUUUAAACACAACUUAGUUAAAAUUGGAGAGUAUUUUUCUAUGAAUAUUUUUUUAAGACACAUAUUUUAUUUAUAGUCCACUAACUUGCUACAACACAGGUAUAUAAUAUUUAAUGGCAUAAUUCAGAAAUGGUUGGAAAUUCAUUGUAUUGGACAUUAUGAUUGAUCUAGAUGUCGUAUAUGAGGAAGAGCACUGAAACUGCACAACAUGAUUUAAGAGGAUGGAAAUUAAAUUUCUUAAUUGGUCUUGAAAAAAACUUGUGUAAUUAGAAUUAAGAUACAUGUAUGUUAUAAUGUAAUUUGUGUUUACUUUCCCUUCUUUGUCUUUCUAAUUUUCUUAUUGUAAUUUAUAUUUUUAAAAACCACUUCAGAAGUGAAUAUUGUAGGUUUUUGUGAGGUAAAAAUUGAUGUAAUGUUUACAUCCUACAGCAAGUGCUUUGUUUAAUUGUAUUUAUUGAUGCCUUAUAGGGAUGCUAAAAUCAGCAGCAUUUUUUGAAGAAAAAACAAAUUUUUCACAUACAUGCUUUUGUAAAAUAUUUUCCUGUACACUUACUAAAUUUCUGUUAAUUAAUUGAAUUACAAAAAUAGAUAAAAAAAUUAUUCAUUAAAGCCUUUGGCAAUGAUGAACCAAACAUUUUUAAACUCAUAUUUGAAUACCGUAAUACUUUUCCUCAUUUGUCAAUUCAAUAGAAUCAAGAAUUAUUUUUUUUCCUAAUAAACAUGAGAUUAAGUAAGAGUUACAGCUAGAAUAAGGAGCCUGCAUUUCAUUAGCUUGUCUAGUCAGGGUAGUUUAUCAGAAAUAUGUUUGUUGAUUAUAUAAUAAAUUAGGUCACUGAAAAUAUGAUGACACAAAAGUAGGGCAUUAUUUAUUGUAGUUCAACAAAACUGUUUGGAUAAUGAGCUAAGCUUAUCUGUUUCACUUCAUUCGUUAUGCAACGCAUCUUGUGGAAAACUGAAUAUUUAAUUGUAAUAUGAUAAUUAACAUGAACAAAUGUGUAGCUUUGUUAAUAUUCUACAAUCCAAGAGUCGGAAGUGAUUAUUUAAUUAUUGUUUUGGGUCAAAACAUUGAAAUUUUAAAGCAUUACAAUUAAGUGGUUGUUUAUCAGAUAUUUUGUUUUUCUUAUAACUUGAAAGAAAUUUUAGUUAAUUUAUUUGUAUCAUCUAUUCUUUAUUGUUAUAACUAAUAUAUUAAAUAGAAUUUGUGUACAGGAGAAAAACUAUAUAAGAAUUGAUCAGGAUUUGAAUUUAGAAUAUUUCGGAUUGAUCAAAUCUAGGUACAAUUUUACUAUGUAAUUUUUUUUAAAGAUAGUGUAAAAAAAGAACAACUUUAUUUUAUUUUAGGUGAUAACAUGACACUGAGACAAAUCUUUACAGACAUUUUAUAUUUGAUUUACAAAACAAGGUUGUAUAUACAUUGAAUUAUUUGCAAUAUUUGUAUCAUCAUGAGAACCUAUUACUUGUAUGUGUAUACAUAAUGGUCUGGUUUAUUUAAUAAAAUCAGAAUUCAUA